AUGUCUCAAUCCCCAAAUAACCUUCCACCUCUUCGGUUCUACAACCUCCCUACUUUACCCACGCCCCAACCCAACAUAGAUCUUGCAACUAGCAACCAUCCUAUCCAUUAUCGACCAUCGCGUUCGUCCCAGGUGCCCGGCCAGAACUCUCAGGUUUCAGACGGUAGUGUUGUUCGUCAGCGCCCUGGAUUGCCUCAACAGCAGCCGGUCCUCGCCAACCCACCAACGCGACCGUACACCCCCUACACGCCUCUGACCGCCAUGUUCCCACCGCCGCGAGCUACAUAUGCCUACAGUCCAACUCAACAGUUCAGCUUCGAUGACCAAGCAAUUCGAACUCGCAUCAUCCACAUCGUCGCACAAAAACUUUCGAACGCGCAUCCAGACAACAUCGCACUCCUUGUCAUGCACAUCGCUAGAUCCCUGGUCCGCAUGAAAAGGAUCGGCGAACUUGGACCAAGGGGCGUGACGAGCGCAGAAGAUGUCUUCCUCGGUGUUGGAUAUGAGGGAACGAGUUGCUACAUGGGAUUGAUGGUCAACGCGCCAGGUGCAGGUGCGGUCAGAACGUUCUUUCGGGGUGACGUGAGGCAGAUGGGGGACGUGGAUAAGAUGAGCCCUGAGGUGAGGAUGAAGGUGCUCGAAGUGGGGUUUGUGAGUGCGUUGAUGAGGCAGUAUGAUCAGAUCAGGGAUGUUAAGCUUGCGCAGGGACGGUGGUGA